CUUUCCAUUAAUUGAUUAAUUAAUUAUCUGGUUAUACCAAAACUACUUUGCAGUCCACAUGGAUUUGGUAGCCCAACGCGUGGAAAAGUUGUCCCAACAACUCAACAUUUUGCAGGAAUAUAUCGAACUGAAAUUUGGGACGGAUUUCAAAGAGUUUAAAAACUCUAAGGAGGUCCUCCACCCCAUAAAAACAGAAGUCGUCGUGACGGAGGAGGAUCAUCAUUCUUCGCCGCCAGCAAACACCACCACGGGGGAUGAGGGGGCGACCAAUCUGACCUCUGACAUCGUCACAACAAAUGCAGGCGGAAUAAAGCAGGAAGUCGACAGUCGCGACGACGGCUACCCCCCAAUUUCCACGGCCCCCGUCGUCCAGGUCAAGGUGGAACCGCCUGAUUUCUCGCAGUCGUACCCCCACACAGCGACCCCAGGAGUGCACAAAAACAGAAAAGUUGCAAACAUCCGCUACGGUGGACGGGUGACCUCACACCGCGGCAUUCCACCCACCAGUCUACUCCCCCCCUUCCCCACAUUCACGCGCCCCCCGGGGUCAAGACGGCGCAAAAGGCCGGCCUAUUAUGCUUUGCCGCCGUGCGACUACUGUCCUUUCGGCUGGCGGAGCCCGGCGCAUUAUAAAGAUGCCCACCGCGACAUGUGCGACUUUUCCGUGGGGCCGGAUGGGUCCGAGGUGUUGCGCGGGUAUCGCUGUCCGCGAGCAAAUUGCGACCGAGAAGGCAGGCUGAUUGGAAGCAUUUACUCGAUGGGGAAGCAUAUGAAGGGUGACUGCACAAGGAAACGGAGGAAAAAUAGUUAUGUAAAUCCAUAUUAUAAGGUGAAAAUGUCUGUCAAAAACGAAAGUGAAAGGAAUUUCGGUUCUGAUACGGGGCAAUUACUUUUACCUCCGACAAACAUUUCCAGCUAAUUAUAUAUGUAGAUCUACAUAUGUAGAUAAUUAAUUCGGUGGAUUUAGGCACAAUCCCAAUUUAAAUUUGCAUGCAAAUUAAAUUAGUUCCCGGGAGACGGGCUUAUACGCUAGUAAAUAAAUAAAUAAAAUAAAUAUUCAUAUUCCUAAAUUAUUAAAUUCAUAAUUUAUGAUUUAUAAAUUAAGAAUUUCGGAUGUAAAAUUUUGUAAGUGUUUCAUAAAAUAAGUUUGUUCAAUUCUAUUAUGUAACGAUACAUUACUGUAUUUAUUAAAUUAAAAAGUUAAAGUUAAAGUUACAAUUACUUGUAAAAUAAAAUAUUUAACGAGGCUGA